AUGACAUCGAAAUUUUUGGGUGUUUAUACAGCCUUGUAUGACUAUGAUGCCCAAACGGAGGAGGAACUAAGCAUUAAGCAGGAUGAUAUCCUUUAUUUACUGGAGAAAUCGGAGACGGACGACUGGUGGAAGGUGAAAAAGCGUGUUUUGGAUGCGGAUGUGGCCGAGCCGGUUGGUUUGGUCCCUUCUACGUACAUCGAGCCAACAAAAGUCCAGUCUAAAGCAACUGCAAUGUAUGAUUACGACAAGCAGACAGAUGAGGAGCUUUCUUUUAAAGAAGGGACCCUUUUUGAUGUUUACGACACAUCGGAUGGCAACUGGACGUUGGUUGGGACAAGUGGGGGUGCGGAGUUUGGAUUUGUUCCUGCCAAUUAUAUUGAAAUUGGUGAUUCGGGGGCUGCAAGUGGAGAGAUGCAGAAUUUGAACGUUUAUGGGUCGACGUCGGCAUUAGGGAAGUUUCCAAAGCCACCUCAAAGAGUAGAGAGAGAUGAAGCAGGCAGUGAGGAAGGAAGUGAAGGAGUUGGAAGAAAUGAGGAAGGAAGUGAAGGAGUUGGAAGAAAUGAGGAAAGAAAUGAAGAGAGUGAAGGAAAUCGAAGAAAUGAAGAAAGUAAAAGAGAUCAGAGGAAUCAAAGAAAUGAAGGAGAUGAAAGAGAUCAGAGAGAUCAAAGAAAUACAGAAACAGCAAGUGCUGCGGAGAGCGAGGAUGAGGCACCGGCAAUGCCACGGAGACCGCAGAAUGGGCGCGGUGUGGCAGGCGGCGAGAGUCAGCCACCAGAGGAGGAGGAGGCCCCUCAAAUGCCGCGGAGGCCCGACUCGUCGCCCUCGGAGGAAUUCUACAAGGACGAGUUUUUCACGUGGAAGGUGUACGAGAUCGAGGGCAAGAAAAAACGCGAGGCGGUGCUCGAGAUAGGCGACUCGCAGGUGUUUAUUACGCCGGAGGGCUCGUCGAGCCCCCGCAGCUGGACGGUCCGCGAUUUGACAAACUACAACAACGAGAAAAAACACGUUUUUCUUGAUUUCAAGAACCCCGCAGCCUCGUACGAAUUGCACGCGGGCAGCAAAGACGCGGCAAAUGCCAUUGUGUCGAUUUUGGCCGACAUGAAGGGCCUAACGUCAAUGUCGGCGCUGAAGGACAUCGAGGAGGCAUCGAAGCCGUCGCACCGGCCGCAGGGGAAAAUCCUGUACGAUUUUUCGGCGGCGUCGCCCGAUGAGUUAACGUGCUACGAGGGCGACUUGGUGUACAUUGUGAAUGACCGGAAGUCCAAGGAGUGGUGGAUGGUGGAGAAUAUUGCCACGGGGAAAAAGGGAGUUGUUCCCUCGAACUAUAUUAAGGUCGUGGGAGGCGAAGAGGCGGGCGGGGGAUCGUGGAGGAAGCUGUUCGGGCGAAAGGGGAAAUCCGCGACGUCGGGUUCGUCGCAGGGCCCGAGAAAGAACCGAAAAAAUUCCGCGCGGGGCGAGGAGGCGUCCGCGGCCGCGGCCGCUGCAGCGCAGGAGAACGCCGCCCAGGAGAAGGCUGUGCAGGCGCGAGAGGCGCGUCUGGAGCGCGAGCGCCAGGAGUUGGCGCGUGAGAGGCGGCGCCAGGACCGCCGUGCCCGCGAGUUGAAGACGUACGAGGAGCGGCAGCGCGUGCGGUUGGCGGACGAACGGGAGCGUGAGCGCGCAAAGCGCCCGCACCACGGCAAGCGCGACCUGUCGAAACCAAACCCGCACAGGGUGCGCACCUGGAUCGACCGCACCGGCGCUUUCAAAGUCGAGGCCGAAUUUCUUGGUGUUCAGGAUGGAAAGAUCCACUUACACAAGAUAAAUGGUGUCAAGAUUGCCGUUGCCGCCCAGAAAUUGUCCGUUGAGGAUUUGGAGUAUGUUGAACGGCUUAUGGGAGUUUCUUUGGAUCGGUAUAAGGUGGAAAACAAGAAAGACCGCAAGGACAAGAAGGACAAGAAGGAAAAGGAGGAGAAAGAGGUUACAGGCGGUGCAGAAAGUGCAGGCAAGAAACAUCCAAAGGAUCAACCGGACAAAGAGUCGCCUGUCAGUGAGAAAUCUUACGAGUACUGGUUCAACUUCUUUUUGGCAUGUGGAGUAGAUGCGAAUAUGUGCGAGCAGUAUUCGCGGACGUUUGCACGCGAGCAGAUGGAUGAUUCUGUGCUUGAGGAUAUCACACAGCCUCUUCUGCGCACUCUCGGGUUAAAGGAAGGGGACGUUUUGAAGGUCAUGAGGCACUUGGACGACAAAUUCGAUCGGAGAAAGAGCCAGCAGCAUUCCGGCGGUUCGCAAGCCGGAGGAACGCAGGCCGGCGGGUUGUUCAGCGGUUCCGACGGCAGCUUGAAGGACAAUUCUGGCAACCCCGAGGGUAAGUCCGAAGGCAGGCCGCAAGAUUCCGAAAAGCCAAAAACUUCAGGAAGCAAGUUUGAGGACGAGGCAUGGGCCAUAAGGCCGGCAUCGCGUGCCGGCGGAGAGGAGGAGAAGCCGGCGGCCCAGCCGCAGGCCCAGUUGACGGGCUCGAUCCAGGACUUGCUAGAUCUCAAGCCGAUGGAACCUACCAAGAAGCCGCAGGCCCAGCCAGCGGAACAACCAAGCGUUCCUGCGGCAACUCCUGUGCCCGUCAGGCCCGUCACUACGACAAACGCUGCACCGGUGCAGCCUGUUGCCGCCCAGCCGACUGCGUCCUCUGUUCGAGUCCCGCUCUCGGCAAUGCCGACUGGUUUUGUGCCAAUAUCGAUGAUUCCUGCCUUGACUGGUCAGCAGACCGGUUUUUUGCCCGUUACAACUUUUGGCCAACAGCCAACUGGUGUUCUUCCUCUUCCGCAGACCACGUUUGGACAGCCACCAGCCACAUUGGUGAAGCUCCAGCCGACGGGUGUUACGAUUCAGAAAACUGGGCCAAUGCAGACAGGAUUUCAGUCUAUGCCAACAGGAUUUCAGUCUAUGCCAACAGGAUUUCAACCUAUACAAACAGGAAUUCAGCCUAUGCAAACUCAACCAAUACAAACGGGAUUUCAGCCUAUGCAAACAGGAUUCCAACCAAUGCAGACUCAACCAAUGCAAACAGGAUUCCAACCAAUUCAAGCUCAGCCUAUGCAAACAGGAUUUCAACCAAUGCAAACUCAGCCUAUGCAGAUGCCUCAGACUUCAUUCCAGCAACCCCAAACUUCAUUUCAGCAACCGCAAACCUCAUUUGGUGUUAACCAGCUCACUGGAAUGAUGGCAAGCACAUCUUUAGCAUCUCAACAAGCCCAGCAGUCAAAUCAGCCUCUUAUGGCCCAACCUACAGGUCUAGGUUUUGGAAAUGGCCCCCAACUGCCUGCUCAGAAAACUGGUAGACAGGCAAAUCUUGCAAAUGCCACUCCAGACAAUCCGUUUGGAUUCUAA